GAGCAGAAGGGGAGCAGUCCCCUGCAGGGGAGGACUUCCUGGUAGGAAGCCAGGCUGAAGGGUCCUUCAUGCCACAUGUGGGCUGGUGUGUGGAUGCCUCCUUCUCAUGCCCAGGGAUCAGCAGUGUGAAUCAGCUCGGGGGGCUCUUUGUGAAUGGUCGGCCUCUGCCCCUGGACACUCGACAGCAGAUUGUGCAGCUGGCGGUCAGUGGGAUGCGGCCCUGCGACAUCUCACGGAGCCUUAAGGUAUCUAAUGGCUGUGUGAGCAAGAUCCUAGGGCGUUACUACCGCACAGGUGUCUUGGAGCCCAAGGGAAUUGGUGGAAGCAAGCCACGGCUGGCCACACCCCCUGUGGUGGCUCGAAUUGCCCAGCUGAAGGGUGAGUGCCCAGCCCUUUUUGCCUGGGAGAUCCAACGCCAGCUCUGUGCUGAAGGGCUUUGCACCCAGGACAAGACUCCCAGUGUCUCCUCUAUCAACCGAGUCCUGCGGGCACUACAGGAGGGCCAGAGACUGCCAUGGGCACAGCUCAGAUCACCAGCUGUUUUGGUUCCAGUUCCUCACACUCUCCAUAGUGGCUCUGAGGCUCCUCGUGGUCCCCAUCCAGGGACUGGCCACCGGAAUCGGACUAUCUUCUCCCCAGGCCAAGCUGAAGCGCUGGAGAAAGAGUUCCAGCGUGGGCAGUAUCCUGAUUCAGUGGCCCGUGGGAAGCUGGCUGCUUCCACCUCUUUGCCUGAGGACACGGUGAGGGUCUGGUUUUCCAACCGAAGAGCCAAGUGGCGCCGACAAGAGAAGCUCAAGUGUGAGAUGCAGCUUCCAGGUGCUUCUCGGGGUCUGAGUGUACCAAGUGCUUCCCCAGCGAUUGUCUCUGCACAGCAGUCCCCUGGCAGUGUAACCACAAUGGCCCUGCCUGUCCCAGAAUCCUUGGGUCCCUCCUACUAUCAGCUGUGCCGGGGAACAGCAUCAGACAGGUGUCUGGGUGACACCCCACCCCAAGCCUGUCUCAAGCCCUGCUGUGGCUACCUGCCCCCUACAGCUGAGCCCCCUGGCUUCAGUACUGUCCUGCCACCCUUGCCUUUCCUUCCACUGUCCCUGCCGUCGUUCUUGGUGCCCCUCGGGCCUGGCUCUGGUUUGGCUCUCCACUACUGCGAGGCCUGCGACGAGGGAGGAGGGCCGGAGCGGGAAGGAGAUGGGGUGCAGAGGGUCUGA